AUGAACGGGGAGUCUAACCAGGGAGGCGGAGAUGGGAAUGAAGAAGGACGAGCUCUGCCAGGUGCUAGUUUUAAUCGACUUCCAACACCUGCAGCACGAACCAGCUUUAUGCUGGGUAGUGCUCUACAGCACCCUGUUGAGACCGAUGGCGGAGAUGCAGGGGGCGAUGAUGAUGAGUAUAGGCCUACUGUAGCGGAGGUCGAGGCGGCUGCGGCAGAGGACUCUGCAGCGGGGGCGGGAGGGGACGCGGAUGUGGAGGAGGAGGUGCAAGAGCAGGAGGAGGAGGGUGCUGGCCGCAAUGCCAGGGAGCAUGGAGGGGAUAAUGGACGGGGAGGAAGGGGUCGAGGGGGUCGUGGGGGGGGACGGGUUGGUCGCGGGCAGGGUCGGUCUUCUGCGCGUGCGCAGGCCGUAGGCAAUGCAGGGGGGCACAGUGGGGGGCAUGCUAGCGGCCCCCCAGUAGAUGGACGAGGUGGGGGGAGGGUUGGGAGGGUUGCGCAUAGUGCUGCAAGGGCUGGGCGCGGUGGCAGUGGUGGUGGGAGAGCGGCCGAGGCUGCGCCCGAUCCAGGGCCAGGCAAUGCACCCACUCAACGGUCCGAUGGUGUUGGGUCUACGCCGUUGCGUGCUGGUGGCAUCAGUCGGGGUGGUGGGACAGCGGGGAGUCGUGGGCGUGCGUCAAAGCGUCAACGAAAGGAGGAUUUGCCUAAGGAUUCGGUGGUUGAGGGUUUGGCAGGGAAGCACUACCCUGGUUUACUUGUGGGAAUGUUUGGUGAGCUUGAGGAUGGUUGUCGUCCGUGUCGGGUGUGUGGGGACGUAAUGGGAUGGGAUGGGGGUAGCACGGGGACUGGGUGGAAGCAUGUCAAGCGCGUGCACUACCCUAAUGUGCAGAUUUGGGUGCGGCGGUUCCUGGACCCGGCGAAGCCAAAGGACCUAGAGUUUCCUUGGGGCGGCUAUGGCGUGUCGGGCGAUGGGCCACCAGUGCCCAACCCGCACGGUGGUGCAUGGGAGCACGCGGCUGCCUGGCCGAACAUCCCAGCUGCUGUAGCCGCGGCGGGCAGUGGCGCAUGGGGGGGGGGGGAGUGGGAGUCGGUCUCUCAUAGCACAGCACAGACCCUCGAGCGCAUCUUGACCGAGGCUGGCCUACAGGAUGUAGUGUUUGCUGUGACGACGGACAAUGCGGAGAACAACAACAAGGCGAUGCGCCUUCUGUCGGGGGACCCAGCAGAGGGGCCAGGGGCCUGGACAGCUAAUCCACUGCUCGACAUUGCGCGUCACGUUCGCUGUCUUGCACAUGUCAUGAACAUUGCAGUGCAGGAGGCAUUGAAGUUGGACGAUGUGAAGGAGGCGUUGAAACGCCUACGGGAUGCGUGUUCGUACAUUGGAUGGCUACGCGAGAAGCUCGACAAAAUACGUCUCAGUGACGUCCACUGGGACGCGCUUGUCGAGCUGAAGAACUUUCUUCAGCCCUUCCACUCGAUCACCAAGGUAGCUGAGGCUUCCUUGUACCCGACAGCUGCAGCGGUGGUGCCGCUGUACAACCAACUGCUGGACAAGAUGGAAAUCACCUACCGCGAGCCAGCCGUCUCACCCCUCACACAGGCCCUCAUCACCAAAGCCCUCGGCAAGCUGAAGAAGUACCCGUACGGCACCAAGGAAGAGUUGGCGAUCGCCACCUUCCUUGACCCCCGCUACAAGACCAUCUUCUUCCAGAUGCCCCAGUGGGAGGCGCUCAAUGCUGCGCAAGUGACAGAGGUGGGGGGAUGUGCUAGGAGUGUGCAUGGCGUGGAUGAGUCGACGGUGAUGCGCCUGGUGCGCGAUCGUUUGGUCGCAUAUCAGGAGAGAGUGCGCAGUCGGGGAGGUGGUGGUGAGGUUACGAGUGGCAUGGGGGAGGUCCCUGACGGCGCUGGUGUUAGUGUUCAGGCCGCAGGGACGUCGCGUGCCGCUGGCAGCGGGGGCGCCCUCAUGGCUAUCAAGUCAUGGAUGGCGCAGAACACGAGCGGCAGGUCAUUGAACGUGGCAGGGGCUGCGCGUUCGCUUGUGGAGUUGUGCUAUGAGGCCGAGGACGAUGGGUUUUGA